UGUGAAAUACAAGAGCACACAGGUGAUGCUCUUAUCACAAGAUCCUUCGCCAUUUCCUGCACAUCCCAGAUCCAAAGGGUGUGGCCUUUCCUCACCACAGGCUCCUGUUGGCAUGCUACUCUACUCUUAUUAAAGUGUUCUCACUGCGAGACCUCUGAAGUCCUUGACAUCUGUCUGCCUUGCAGGAGGGAACUUUCCUACUUUGGAGUGAAAGUGGCUAUUAUAGAGCCUGGACACUUCAAGACUGGAAUGACCAGUAGAGGCAGAUUAUCAUCAAGCUUCCAGAUGCUGUGGGACCAGACCAGCUCAGAAAUCAGGGAGAUCUAUGGCGAGAAAUACUUGGCAUUCAAUCUGAAAAAGCUAGACGGAUUGGACCAGUUGGGCAACAAGGACCUGUCUUUGGUGACUGACUGCAUGGAGCAUGCUCUGACUGCCUGUCACCCUCGCACCCGAUAUUCAGCUGGGUGGGAUGCCAAGCUCUACUACCUUCCCUUGAGCUACCUGCCCACCUCUCUUGUGGAUGCCCUUCUCUACUGGACUUCUCCAAAGCCUGAGAAAGCUCUCUGAAGUCUUUACCUAUGUUUAUAGUUGGGGAUAUGGAGGUACUGUGUAAGGGAGGGAAUCUGUAGGAGAAUGUAUAACAGUUGAGGGAGGGAGGUCAUUACUAUGGUGUUAUUAGUUCACACUCUUCAUUCCACUAAAUUUCCUGUGAUAUUACUCAAGCCUAAUGGUGACCAUAAAAAUAAACAAAGAAGUCUACCAAGGGAUUCAGAUACAAAAGUGUGGGCAGAUGACCAGUCUCUGAACAUUAUGGUCUACCAUAGGAUCCAUACAAAUGAGGAGGUUAGAGAGAGCUUGUGCCAAGCACCUCCCCUGCAGAAAAUGCACAUUCCAUGGUUAGUUUCCACCCCUAUGCAGUGUGGAAGUGUACCUGCUCUGAAGUAACCUGUGACCAUGGUGUUGUGACUGGGGGGGGGUCACUAAUAAUGCCAUCACUCAUGCCCUUGAAUCAGGUCAGCUGGUCCUGGGUGCGAGUUCAGUUGCUCGUGGUGAGAAUACAACAGAGGAUGAAGACAUCAA